GCGUAGAAACAAUAGAUCCAUAUUCUGAUUGGCUGAUUCGUUUAGAGGCGUGUCCUCGGGUGAAACGCAGCACUUGUCAGGUGAACAGGUGAACGCACGGGGAAGUGAACACAAGAAUUACACGUACACUUUAUUUAAAAAACGGCAAAUGGUUGGCUGUUAGCAGGACGGUAUGACCACAUUAACGAAGCGGAACCGCCGCGCGGAGGCUCCAGCGGAGACGCGGGGUCAAGCGGAGCACGAGGAGCUCAGGAGAGACUCUGAUGAAGAGGAUGAUAUCGACUCGAAAUCACUGAGACUUACACUGAUGGAGGAGAUCCUGCUGCUGGGACUGAAGGAUAAAGAGGGCUACACAUCGUUCUGGAAUGACAGCAUCUCAUCAGGUUUACGUGGUUGCAUCAUGGUGGAGCUGACCCUGCGUGGACGCAUUCAUCUAGAACCUCCAAGCGCACGCAAGAGAAAACUGCUGGACCGUAAGGUCUUGGUGAAGUCAUCUGCUCCCACUGGUGACGUUCUGCUGGAUGAAGCUUUGAAACACAUCAAAGAGACGGAGCCAGCUGAGAACGUUGCCAACUGGAUUGAACUUCUCACAGGUGAGACUUGGAACCCUCUAAAGAUGCACUUUCAGAUUCGUAACGUUCGCGAGCGUUUAGCAAAGAACCUGGUGGAGAAAGGAGUGCUGACCUCGGAGAAGCAGAACUUCCUGCUGUUUGAUAUGACCACACACCCUGUAACAGACAGCAGCGAGAAGAACCGGCUGAUGGAGCGACUCCAAGAGAGCCUGCUGGAUCGCUGGACCAACGAUUCUCGCCGCAUGAGUCACCGCACGCUGGCGCUGAUCCUUUUGGCUCACUCGGCGGACGUGCUGGAGAACGCGCUGACGCCUCUUCCCGACGAUCGCUACGACAUCGCCACUUCGCGUUCCAGAUCUUUGAUAGAAGCUGAUCCUGACCAGGAGAGCGCCAAGGUCACGACCCCUGCAGAGGAGAUGAUCUGGGCCGUGCUGGCUGCUUUUAAUAAAUCCUGAGAGAACUGGAGUCAGAUCUGUUCUCUGAACUCGCUGGCGCCGUCUGUCUGCGGCCCCUGGACCUGCAGCAGAGACUCCUGAGAAAUGGUGACGGGUUAAAGCUGUUUUUAUGAUGUGACUGGAUUGCCUACACAUGACGUGAGCUUGCGUCUGAACUGAUGCAUGAGAACAACUGCAGACAUCGACUCUGCUCCAGAACCUAGCGAAGACUUUUACUCAUCUCUACCUGCAUUACAAGUUUCAUUUAGUUUAUUUGUAAAGGGCCAAGGCCAAUAUACUGACGAUACUCACUUCAGUGUCUGUGAUAUUUUAACACAAUAACCUCUUAAUACAAACACAUCUUCUGUCUGUGUUAGAUUUAUUAUAAAUAAUGAUAGCAGUAAUGAUAAAGUCAAGCGUUAUGAUCAGAUCGGUGGAUUGAUUGUGUAUAGUUUCACUCACACCGGCCUGUGUGUUACAGCAUAAAUGACGUUUGUGUAAUUCCUUUAGUGAAUAAUGUGCUAAAACAUCACAGACAUGGAGUAUAUAUGAAUUAAGGAAUUAACUAUGGAAUGCUUUAUUCUGAUUGGUUGAGAAAUGUUUUCACUGGGAAUGCAUUAUUUUUUUUAUAAAUGCACACCUGUAGUCAUCAAACCUGUCUUAAACAGUGAAGAACAAAGCAUCUACGAGCUCAGGAUGAAGUUACUGUCUGUCUUUUGAAAGUCAAACUUUAUAUUGGGAGUGUCUGUAUUAUGAUGCUUUAAUGGUUUCUUUAGGUUAAGGAUCAGAGCUCGUGUUUCUUUGUUAAUAGCACAUGACACUGCAUUGGUACAGAAGAUUUAUUCACCAAGUUAAUCCGUUUUUGUGAAGUUAAUUGAAUGUAUAUUUAUUUAAAAUGAAUUCUGAUAUUACGUGACUUCAGUUCUCAGGGUUUUUUUUAUGGGAUUGACUGUUAAUAGUUGUGUUUGUAUCCUCAGUGAAUGAAAGAGGAAUAGCAGGUAGUUCAGGAUCAUCAUCAUAUUUGAUGUUGUGACAUCUGACAUGAAAAGUAAUGGGUGCAGCCUUAAAAGUUCAGAUCUGUUCUAGACGGAUGUAUGGAUGAAGGACGAGUUGCAGAUGUAACUCCAGAGAAUGAAGAUGUUGUCAGAUUUACUGAAUGUGUAAGCAGCGAUGCUUUGACGGUCGACUGUGUGAGAGUUCAGUCGUGUUUAAAUGAGGAAACAAAACAAACAGCAAACAGAAGUUAAAUAAUCAAAUCAGCAACAUUAUAAGAGAAAGACACGAAACACUUGAUCACACAUGUGAUGAAUGAGACACUCGCGUGUUUUAUAACUGAUGAUGUGUCUGAAUCAGAGCUUAAACACUUCUGCUAUUGAUGUUUAUAAAUGUCUAGAUCAAUCACACUCUUUCAUUCACAAUGACACUGUAAAUAAUAAAAUCACUAUUAUUAUUAUUA